CCCUUGCUUUCCACGGCCCGACAUAUCGAAACAGCCUAACUCUCCAACUAUAGCUUUCUAAGAUAAAGCAGAACGAACUCCCCGGCUCAGAGGAAAAACCUUUUUAUAGGCAGCGCAAGGAUGCGCCAAUAAGCUAUCUCAUUGGUCAAAAUAUGUUUGCCUUUGUAUCCAAUAGGGAGAUAAAUUGUGAGCCCUCAUUUGCAUAAACUCCUCCCCUCAAUGAAAGUGUUCUGCUUUUAUCCAAUCAGAAGUGAUCAUUCUUGAACCUUCAUUUGCAUUGAAGGACUAUAAAAAAAAGGGCUCUGGACCCCCCCCCUCACAGCACUAACCUUUGUUGUGGUGCGUGCGAUUAGCAUUUGCAUACCUCUUAGGAGAAAACCAUGCCUGAGCCCUCUAAAUCUGCUCCCGCCCCGAAGAAGGGCUCCAAGAAAGCCAUCACUAAGGCGCAGAAGAAGGACGGUAAAAAGCGCAAGCGCAGCCGUAAGGAGAGCUAUUCCAUCUACGUGUACAAGGUGCUGAAGCAGGUGCACCCCGACACCGGCAUCUCGUCCAAGGCCAUGGGCAUCAUGAACUCGUUCGUCAACGACAUCUUCGAGCGCAUCGCGGGCGAGGCGUCGCGCCUGGCGCAUUACAACAAGCGCUCGACCAUCACGUCGCGCGAGAUCCAGACGGCCGUGCGCCUGCUGCUGCCCGGCGAGCUGGCCAAGCACGCCGUGUCCGAGGGCACCAAGGCCGUCACCAAGUACACCAGCUCCAAGUAAACUGGGAAAACUCGGGUCCUGAAACCUCGACUGAGCCCGUCCCAAAGGAGUCAGGAGUCAUGGAAGAUGAUUGCUCUUGUCAGAAGAAAGAUUUCAAAGACAGACACAGAACACAGCGGACGACGGGCACAGGUGGGAGAGUUUGUUAGAGUGAAAAGUACACUAGAGGUAUGAGAAGAAGAGAGCUCGAGAGAGAGAGAGAGAGAGCAAGCGACCUCCCAGGGUUUGUCCUAGGUGUUAACUAGGACAUUCAUUACUUGGGGUGAAAAGCAAGGGUCAUACUUCUUCUUCCCAAUCUGCUCAGGGGCUUCCUGUCACCGCGCUGCCGUGUUGCACCCUGUCUGGUGUGACUGGCGUCUCCGGGAGCGCCGCCUGGACGGGCCACUCGCUUUCCAGAGAGCCGCCCCGACUUCCGCAUUGCUGACCUCCAGGCGUCCUUGGACGCUAACUAACGGCCCACUCUGGCAGACCAGGAGGAGAGCUGUGUCAGACACAGCUGCGUUUCCUCCCUCUGAAGGAUUUAUCAGCAGGGCAGAGCAGACAUCUGAUUUACCAACGUCUACUCUUACCUUUCUGUGAUUUGCCCCCCCUUGAAGUCCCAGGCCCCAUCCCGUUUCUUAGCUCAGGAUGCCGUCCAAGCCUCGACUGCCUGAUUACCUCUGUGGUGCGUUUUUGGGGUGAUGGGGUCGGGAGCCAACAGCCAAGCAAGAACUCUUGAAGACGUCUUUGGUGCAAAAAGGUGUCAUUAUUAAAG